AGGGAAGAGAAAAGUAGACCAGAUGCGUAUUCUUUAAGUACAUGUGGGCAAUCUAAAAAAAGACGGCAUAUUGCAGUGGCGAUUAGCGUUUCAUGUCUCUCUUCAACGUCGCUAGUUCCCUGGAGAUGGAGGAAUUCGAGAUCAUUGAUUGGUGGCGGUACCGGUCGCUCAAAGGGAAUGUUGUGUGCGCCUCGCUGCAGAACCCUACCACGGGAAACCUGUACAAUCCCCGGUGAUUGCACUACCAGGUAAACAUAAGCAGCUUGUGAGGCUUACCAGAGAGAGUGACUGCUCGUUUCCCUGCCAGAAUCCAUAAAGCAUUUACUAAACCUAUGAUUGGCUUUAGAAACUCCAUAUUCUGAUGGCAAAAGAUAAACUAAUUAUUUUUAUGUAGCUACCUAAAUUAUUCAUCAACAGUCUUACUUUCCGUCACAGUGUGGUCGUUUGCAUUCAUAGAGUUGCUAUAUGUGGUCACUCGAGUGAUUGCCUGAGAUACGGUAGAACAGGGAUUAGACGGAGACAGGGUUAUAGCCUGUGGAGAGGAAGCCACCUCUGAAUCGUGAAUCGUAUCUAGUGUUUGACGACAGAAUUCAUAAGCUCUCGCGUGCUCGCACGCCAUGACCAUGUAAGCCUUCGUCUGACUCUUAUCCACCGUAUGACAUGUUGAAGACGGCAGUUCUAUUGGAUUCCACUCGUUAUAUACUCCCUCUUGGCGUCCACACAUGUACCCUGGAGGAGCAGGAAAAGGGAUCUUGGAGGGGGGCGGAGGAGGAAGAAGAAGGCGCCGCAGCAGUGUAGAUGAGUCAGCGCGUGCCCAGUUGGGACAUCGACGUCCCACCUCCCUUCUCCUCUUCCACCCUCCCCCUCCAUCAUUACCGUCCCUCCGGCUCUCUCGUCGGCUCCUUGUCUGUUCUCUCUCUCUCUCUCUCUAAUAGCUCAUGUAUGGUUAUGUCUUUAGGCACAUCAGGUCGCAGUAUGUGGUUGCGGAGCUCACGUGGGAGAACGGCCAGCUCGCGCUGCACGGCCUCGUGCGGCCUCGCACCGGCAAGCCCGUCAACCUCCGCAGUCGCCGUCUCCUCCACCGCCUGGAACAAGCACCGCCCCAGCGGCACGCUCGAGUCGGUGGUGAACCAGGUCACCGGCGCCGCGCCGAGGAGCACCGACUUGGAGGACUGGCUCGGCGGGCUUGGCAGCUCGGCCUCGGUGGCGGUCGACGCGCUCGUCCCGUGCCGGGACGACGUAGCCGUCGACGGGAGGAAGCGUGCGCUGGUGGCUGGGGUGUGCUCGAGCCAGGGGAACGCGGCGGGCUCCCUGGCCGGGCGCGUCGACAGCACCACACUGGUGACGCUCGACACGUGGAGGGAGGACGAACUUGGCCUGACCGCCACCACCACCACCACUGCCAACGGCUACCAAUUCCGCCUCGCCGGAAACGGAGAACACAAGCUCGAGAAAAAGGAAGGCGCCGGCUUUGGACGACCACGUAUCCAUCAGCCACAGGAGCUCCCAAACGAAGCAUGAUAGUUUGUCGGACGAAGAAGAUAAGGGGAGCAGAAGAGAGGGGAAGAAGCCUUUUGCCUCCACCCAAAAAAGCAGAACCGCAGCCGUCCAUAACCAGUCCGAACGUGUAAGUACAAAUGGAUGAUGAUGAUGAUGACUGCUAUCUCCAACAUUCAUCAUUGUUAGAAAUCACUUGCAACCUGCACAACGCUGGAGAGCUCAAUUGAGUCUUUUGGACUUAUUUAUCUUCCCCUUUAAUUCAUUCAAUUCAUUUCCAUUAUGCAAUGCAUAGACUAUAUUCAACCA